AUCGAGGGAGGCUGACAAAUUGCCGACACGGUCGAGUGCGUGCGCAUCGGAACAGUUACGGCAACGACAACGACAUUCAGUUCCAAUACGUCUGCAAGGGGUGCGGAUGCAUGCCGCCACAUACUCAUCCUCAUCCUCAUUCUCAACUAUUCGAAUCGGCUAUUCGAGUCCUACCCACACCAUCGCGCGCUCCAUAUCGCAGUCGCAGUGGCAGUGGCAGUCGCAGUCCAUUCAAGUGUCGCAAGUUCAAGUGCAAUUUGGCAAAUUGUUGUAUUUAUUCUAAAUUGAAAGUGCCUGCUCAAGUGCCCAAAGUGAAAGAAACUCGAAAAUGUUGCAACAUCAUCAGCAGCAAGCACAGGUGCCACAAUCCGGCGGCUAUUACGACUACAGUCAGUCCCCCAGUCCGGGCAGUCUCACCAAUGCGGAUGCCCUGAACACCACACCAUUUUCAGUCAAGGAUAUAUUGAAUAUGGUCAAUCAAACGGAGGCAUACGAAGGAGCCUACGGACAUCUAGAUAGUGCCGCUGCAGCUUCGGCGCUCUAUGGCGCCGGCGAUUACCAGCAGCAUCUUCACCAGCAUCCGCAUCCGCAUCAGUACCAGCACCAGCAACAGGAGGUGGCGUCGCAGCAGCAGCAACUGCAUCAUCAUCUGGUUGAGCAUCAGGAGGAUGCCACGACAUCCUCGUCGCUGUCGCCACUGCUGCCGCCCCCGCCCCAUGGCCACCAUCAGCUCUACGGUGGCUAUCAGGACUAUGGCAUGCCCGCCCACAUGUUCCAGCAUCAUCAUGGACAUCCGCAUCAGAGCUUUCAGCCCGCUGCCUCGGCCUACAACAUGUCCGCCACGCAGUUCUACGCUGGAGCCACGGCCACGUCCUACCAAAGUCCCGCCACAUACAACUACAACUAUGCAGGGUCCGUGGAUGCUGCCGCCUAUGCGCAGCCAGCGUCAGCAGCAGCAGCAGCAGCAGUCAGCAUUAAGAGCGAGUACAUACCCACGCCGUAUGUGACGCCCUCACCCACACUGGAUUUGAACAGCUCCGCCGAGGUGGAGAGCCUUACGCCGGCGCAGAAGCUCUGCGGCAAUCCGCUGAGUCAGCGACUCCUCGAGACGGUCAGCAACUCGGCCUCGCUGCGAAGCAUUCACAGCACGGAUGAGGGUGCCAAGCGAAAGGACAACAGCCAGGUGACCUCUUCGCGCUCGGAGCUGCGCAAGAACAGUGCCAGUGGCAGCAAUCACAGCAGCCUGAACAGCAAUGGAUCCACCAAGCCACGCAUGAAACGCAAGCCGCGGGUGCUCUUCUCGCAGGCGCAGGUCCUUGAGCUGGAGUGCCGCUUUCGGCUGAAGAAGUAUCUGACAGGUUCGGAGCGAGAGAUAAUUGCCCAGAAGCUGAAUCUGUCGGCCACGCAGGUGAAGAUUUGGUUCCAGAACCGUCGCUACAAGUCGAAGCGUGGCGACAUCGAUUGCGAGGGCAUUGCCAAGCAUCUGAAGCUCAAAGCGGAGCCACUGCACUCGCCCACAUCGCUGCCACCGCCCAUGAGCAGUCACAUGAUGUGGCCACCCACAGUACAGCACUCCCAGCAGCAACAUCAGCAACAGCAGCAACAGCAGCAACAGCAGCAGCAACAGUUGCAACAUCUGCAGUAGCCGAGGGACGGGCAGAGUUGGGUUGAAGUUUUUUAAUUUAUUGCAGAAUCUAUAUGUUGUAGCCUAAAGAAAAUGCCUCAUAGCUCUAGUACCUUGUUUUAUGUAUGUAUAUAUCGGACAAUAAAUAAAGUUUAAGAGAAA